UAUAAACCUAACUCUUCCUUUUUCUUUCAUUCUUUCCCCUCACGUCGGGGUGCCCUCCAGCGCCCCAAGUUCCUUCGACCUUGCCCCUCCAACAAACAAACACCCUAACAACGACAUCACACUCAGACCCAAUCUUGGACUUGAUACGAUCCACCACUUCAUGGCCUGACAACAAAACGCAGCGCGCCCAAAUACACUCGAAUCGAUAGCGGCGCUACGUAUUGGCGCUCUUUGACACAUUUUUUCUUGGUACUCUUGAAUUCGUCAUUACUCGACAUCGACUACGGGGAGCUUCAAGUCGCCAAACUCGGCCUUUGAAGGUGCGAUCAAUCCAUCCUGCCCAGCUUGCGCCAGGCUGCAAUAACCAUCAACAGGACUGGCCAAACUCUCCUUCUUAUUCUCACGCAUUGAGAUUAAUAGGAUGCCACUAACAUGAUCGUUACGCUAGGCACCAGGCAUCACGACAUGGUCCGAACUAGGGCGGCUGAACGACAAAGCGUUCCUGCAUCCUCCCGUCGCAACCUGUCGCAAUUUAUCACCACGCAUGCUACCCGAACAACAACACGUCCCAGGCGGUCGCAGAAGGCUUCCAUAAGUUAUAACGAGUCUUCUUCCGAAGAUGGAGACUCCGAACCAUCCCUGGCGGAGAGCGAACAGGAUGGAGAUGCCCAAUUCGAGACGCGAGCUCGCAGAACCAGCAAGGCCAGGUCAGCAAAGACCGCACACGUACAAACUGGUAGAAGAUCGAACUCGCGGGACCAAACGAGGAAACGACCAAAGCCGUCCCAGAAGAAAGGAAGCUUGAAGAAGCGACGAGUGUCUGCUGACGCAGAACCCGGGCCAAUACCCCAAGGCGUCAUUCCAGACUGGACAGACCCGCAGAUACCUUAUGCCGCCUGGACCGAUAUCUUCUACUAUGCAGCUAGUCAUGAUGACAUCGACGUCAAUUGGCUGAUAAACACUGCCACAACUUGUAAGGCAUUCUCAGAAGCCGCCUUGACAGCCAUUUAUCGUUCUCCGCCUCUGGUCACUGCUGGAAAGGCCAAACGGUUCGCGUCUCUGCUGGAUCGCCCACCUUCUGAGACUCGUUUCAAUUACCGUGCCAAGAUUGAGACUCUUUAUGUAGAUAUUCAUGUGUUGCCUCAAACGUUAUUACCAAGAAUCCUCCAUUUGCUUCCUCGCCUGAAAGAAGUCUUUCUCUUUACACAAUCUGAUCAGCCGCCUUACAGGCAACUGGAUCAAACAGUGAGAUGGCAAUAUACUGAAGAGAUAUUUGCCGCCUUCAGGCCAGCCGGGGACAAAGAGUCGCACACCGUGUUAAAAAGCUGGGAAUGGAGCGGAAGCCUGCUUGGAGGGCCUGUGGCGACCAUGAGGGAUGUUGCCCGUAUACAUCAAGAGCCUUCAUUUGCGCACCUCACCAAACUAAGCCUCACCAAUCUUCAAGUCCCUUCGCUCUAUAAGCUGGGGCCGAAAGGCGGCAAUGAGGAGGAGGAACUGGCGCUGUACAAUGAAGAUGGGGCUGUCAUUGAUUCGCUCGCCGAGGCGAUUUCGCAGUUGAAAUCGCUACAACAUCUUAUGUUCGAGUCUUCAACUGUCAUGAACGAUCGGCUUCUUCCACUUUUGCCAAAGGACCUCACUCAUCUCUCACUGAUCAACUGUUGGGAGGUCAAGUCAGAUGAGUUUAUGCCAUUCCUACACACGCAUGGCCGACAUUUGCGCAGCCUGAACUUGUCACACAACCAAUCUCUAGACAUGGUCUUCCUAACCAAUUUGGAAGCUGCAUGUCCCAAUUUAGAGGAAUUAUACAUGAACCUCUCGUAUUUCCGCCAUCAUGAAUCUCGGUCUUAUACGAACAAUGACGCUGAUCCUUUGUACGACCAAGUGCUAUUGCCGCAUCAAAAGCCAGAGUGGCCGUCAAGCCUCCGGGUCAUUGAUUUUGAACAUAUACGAUAUUGGAGUGUUGAGACUGCCGAAAUGUUUCUCAAUUCCCUCAUAGAUAGUGCUGGUUCUCUGCCAAACCUUCGACAUCUUGCGGUCAAGACGAUGCUCAACAUACCCUGGAAGGCCCGCGCUAAUAUGCGGCACGAAUGGAGGCGGAAGCUGGAUAAAGUCUUCCUCCGCCCAUACGAACCACCGCAAAGAAAGUAUUCACUUCGACAGACACAAGAGGAAGAAGUGGAAGCAUCUACUCAGAUUUCGGAGAAAAAGAAGCAAAAGUCGAAAAGGCUGUCUGAUGGUCCAUCUCGGCGAAGCAGUCGUCUAGCGGCACAUGUUUCGGACUCUGAUUCAAGAAACAGCGCCAAAGGUCUCCGUAAUUCGCUUGGUCGGCCAACUUACGCCGAACCUGACACAGAUGAGAAUGAGUUCGAUUCUGAUGCAGAAGACGAAGAAGCCGAGUCCGGUACUGCAGUCAGUCAGACUGGGGAUGAGGCCGAGAGUGAAAAGAAGCCUGUGCCACUUAUGAUUCAAGGACGGUGUACUACUGUAUCCAUUGUAUUCGAUAACCAAAAGCCCACUGAACUGCAGUACGGCAUGGAAGACUUUGUGGAUGAUGAUCGCGCUGAGUCGGAUGACGAGUGGGACGGCGACCAUGAAGAGGAUGACGAUGCAGUCUUUGUCUGGCGUUAGCUGAGCAAAGACUUCUGUAUCAUGGCUGAUCACCUGGGAUCAGAGAAAUUGACCAAUUCCAGACUUAGUAUGCAACAUCUGCUGGCUCUCUGGAGUUCAUAUCAUAUUAGUAUUAGGAUAUAGCAUGAACGGUCUUGAAGCGGUUCAACUUGGGUUUUAUACUGAAGUGACAAAUGUUCCAUCUAGC